GUGAGAGAGAGAGAGAGAGAGAGAGAGAGAGAGAGAGAGAGAGAGAGAGACGUCUUGCUCUGGCUCGAAUAAGCGCUGUCCAUGUGGAAUACCCCGCACACACACGCACACACACACACACACACCGUAUUUCAGUGUUCGGAUUUGGAGCCUGUGACAGUAAGCGGGUGUGUGUGUGAGGAAGAGUGUGUUCGGACUGAAGAAGAGCAGCAGGACGCAUCGUGGGAAUUCUCCGCUCUUCCUCACAGGAUUCUGAAUGGGCUUUUAUACCGGGAUAAACUUCGGCUAAUAUUUCAGGACUGAGUGUUUCUCCAUGUUUUUGGACACAAUGAUUGUGCAGAGCACGAGGGAUUUGUUUCUGGGGACCCUUCUGGUUUCUGUGUUCUCAGCUGUAUCAGUCCAGAGCAACCCAUUUGCCUCCCUGCCACCUCUGUCAGCUCCACGGAUCUACCUGUCUUUUAAAGAGCUGAAGUCUACAGGCACGGCACAUCACUUUGCCUUCUUGCUCAACUCUACUGAUUAUAGGGUCCUGCUAAUGGAUGAGGAUCAUGACCGUAUGUAUGUGGGCAGCAAAGACUACAUCCUCUCCUUGGACCUAAAUGACAUCAACAAAGAGCCCCUCAUAAUCCACUGGCCUGUGGCUCCUCUGAGGAAGAAUGAGUGUGUGCUGUCAGGGAAGGACAUCAAUGGAGAAUGCGGAAACUUCAUCCGGUUGAUCGAACCAUGGAACCGGACUCACCUAUACGUGUGUGGAACUGGCGCUUACAAUCCCAUUUGCACCUACGUGGACAGGGGUCAAAAAUCUCAGGCUUUGCUCCUGAAUCAAAAUCUUCGAGCAGGAGGCCGAACGAGUCGUGCAGCAGAACCCAGUGCCUCACCUGAGCCUUAUGCACCCAAGGAAUACAUCUUUCGUCUGGAGCCGGGUAAAGUGGAUUCUGGGAAAGGAAAAUGCCCAUUUGACCCCAAAUUAAACAGUGUGUCUGCAUUGAUCAAUGGCCAGCUCUACGCCGGAGUGUAUAUCGAUUUUAUGGGAACGGACUCUGCCAUUUUCCGUACACUAGGGAAACACACGGCCAUGAGGACUGACCAGUACAACUCGCGCUGGCUCAAUGAUCCCACAUUUGUCCAUGCACAGCUCAUACCAGACAGCGCGGAAAAGAACGACGACAAGCUAUACUUCUUCUUCCGGGAGAAGGCUUCAGAGAUGGGUCAGACCCCCAUGACUCAAUCCCGAAUUGGCAGGAUCUGUCUGAAUGAUGAUGGAGGUCACUGUUGUUUGGUUAACAAGUGGAGCACCUUCCUGAAGGCCCGACUAAUCUGCUCCGUAACUGGUGCUGAUGGCAUCGAGACACACUUCGACGAGCUCCGGGAUGUCUUUAUUCAGAAGACUCAAGACAACAAGAAUCCAGUCAUUUAUGGAGUCUUCUCAGUGUCUGGGUCAGUGUUUAAGGGUUCAGCCAUAUGUGUGUAUUCCAUGGCUGAUGUGCGUAUGGUCUUUAAUGGCCCCUUUGCCCACAAGGAAGGUCCAAACUACCAGUGGAUUGCCUACCAGGGAAAAAUCCCUUACCCACGGCCUGGGACAUGUCCAGGAGGGACAUUCACCCCCAACAUGAAAUCCACUAAAGAUUACCCAGAUGAGGUGAUCAACUUCAUGCGGAACCACCCCACCAUGUACAAUGCCGUGUAUCCAGUGCACAAGCGCCCCCUGGUGGUGCGUACCAACGUCGAUUACGAGUUCACCACUAUCACUGUGGACCAAGUUGCAGCAGCAGAUGGCAGUUACGAGGUGCUUUUCUUAGGAACAGACAGAGGUACAGUGCAGAAGGUCAUUGUUCUUCCUCGAGAUGACCUACAGACUGAGGAACUGGUUCUGGAGGAAGUGGAGGUCUUUAGGGUCCCAACUCCAAUAACCACCAUGAAGAUUUCUCCAAAACGACAACAGCUAUAUGUGAGUUCAGCAGUGGGAGUGACUCACCUGGCAUUACACAGAUGUGACGUGUACGGUGAGGGUUGUGCAGACUGCUGCCUCGCCCGAGACCCUUACUGUGCUUGGGAUGGCAAGUCCUGCUCCCGCUACUCCACCAAUCACAAGAGGCGCAGCCGAAGGCAGGAUGUGAAGUACGGCAACCCGAUUAGACAGUGCAGAGGCUACAAUUCCAACGCCAAUAGAAACACUCUGGAGGCGGUGCAGUAUGGAGUAGAGGGAAGCACAGCGUUCCUGGAGUGUCAGGCCAGAUCUCCUCAUGUGUCCAUCAAAUGGCAUUUUCAGAAGGAGAACAGUGACAGGAGACGAGAGAUCCGUUCAGAUGGUCGUGUGUUGCACACAGAUCAAGGCCUGCUUUUACGCUCCCUGCAACUCUCAGAUGCUGGCACAUACCAGUGCACAGCCACAGAGAAGAACUUCAAACACACACUGGUCAAGCUGCAGCUGCUUGUGCUCUCAGUGCGCACUGUCAACAACAUCCAGAUGGAAACAGGAGCCUCUAUACCGGCCAUGCCUGCUGUUCCCCUACAGACCAGUGCCUGGACACCCAGUGCUGAGCAGUACAAAGACCUCCUGACCAUCCUGAGCCAGCCUGAGAUGGGCUUAAUCAACCAGUACUGCCAAGACUACUGGCAAAUCACUGAGCAGGACAAGAAAGACCCAUACGAAGCCAAGGAGCAGCGCAAACCACGGAACCGGAGACACCACGAGACCCAGAGGAGCUCGGCCGAGACAUGAGGAGGCGGCUGACGAGGCGAGGAACAGAAACACAGACACAAAGAGUACAUGCAUCCACAAGACUCAAGCAAAAAAAAAAAAACUCCAACUCGCUGAAACACAUUACACAUCAAAAAAACA